AUGGUUAAAAUUCUACUGGAAAAGGGAGCCAACAUCAAUGAGUAUUGGGAUGACGAGACGCCGUUACUCGCGGCUGUUGAGAACGGACACGAAGCCGCCGCCAGGCUGCUGGUGGAAAAGGGGGCCAACUUGGAAACGAGGGGCCAGUUCAGACACACGCCAUUACAGGCGGUUAUUGGGCUCCAUCGCAAAGCCGUUGCUAAGUUGUUCUUGGAUCUAAGCGCCGAUAUCGAGGUGAAAAAUAACAACGAGUUUACGCCUCUGCACUAUGCCGCGAUAUACGGGAACAAGACGGUCGCUGAGCUGCUUGUAAAGCGGGGUGCUAAUACCGAAGCGAAAGAUAUCGACGGCCGCACGCCGCUGCACAUCGUCACAGGCCGCGGGUACGAGGCGAUCGCAAGGCUUUUUAGAUGA